AUCUGCUGAUGUGUGUUGUGUUUUUAAACAGCUUCCGGUGGUUGAAAGAGCAGCAGACGCGAAGAGAACCGAGCGUAUGUUUUUAAAAGGCCACCUAUUCGUGUCAACAUAACCAUACAAUACAUUCUCCGAAUGUGCAAGAUGUGUGACGUGCAUUUUUACCCUUCAAGUGUUGUAAAAAUGCGGAGAACUCUCCAGCCGCCCUUUGAGUUUGGGGUGUCAAAAAGUUUGAAGUGUUUUUAUGAUAAUGUAACUCUUCACAGAUGUCUACUACCCACCCUGGUGGCCAAGUAGGCUAUAUAGGAAGAAACUGUACGGCUGAUGAUACACAGGACAACUCUUGGAGCAAUGUUGCCGUCAACAGGCAAGCAGAACAGCAGGUGUGGGGAGAAGUAAUGACAGGACUCCAUUUUACUGGCUGUCACAUCCCAGCAUGCUCGCUGCUGUCCAGUCGAGUGCACCGACUGAAAGAUGACAAGCUGACAGCUCACCACACAGGAUACCAGGCGUCUAAUGACAUUCUGCGAGUCCUCUGUGUGAGUGUGAUCGUUCGUCUGGGGGAAUGUUGCCACAUCAACACAAAUCGAACAAUGGACCUAAAUAUAAUGGCGCUGGACGCUACCAGUUUCCAAGGCAACAAUUGUGACAGAUUUGGGGGAGACAAGACAGGCUCUGUUUGGACUUGGCAAACUCAAGCGGGGUGUUGCUCACCCUAACACAGUGUCUAAGAAUGCGCAGGAGCCUCUAGGGUUAAUGUUUGAGACGGUCCUUUUCAGCAUAACCAAACCAAACAAGCAAGAGUGUAUGCUUGCAUCUGAAGGUUUUGACUGCCUUCCCCUCUCCGUACGCAGUGAUGUCACAAGAUCGGGGCAGGUUGCGGCUCUUUGCCGUGCGGCGGUUGGAGAGGGGAACAAUGGCGGUGUUGAUAGAGAACCCAGCUCCACCUGUAGGGCCUGAUUUUUAUCUUCGUGGCGGUGUGGCGGCCCCCUCCCCCAGGCCCUUCUUGUCAUCGCUCUUCACAGCGUUCAUUAAACAGAGUCAGACUUUAGCAAGAGAAGAGAGCCCAAGUCACCCAUGUGAGAAAAAAAGAGAAUUACCUAAGCCUUUUGUCUCUCAGAGUGUGGCUCAGCUAAUGUCUUGAAGGCAUGCUGAUCUCUUCACAAAGCCUUCUCCCCACACAAUGGAGAAGAGAGCAUGUAGUUUGGCAUGCAAAACGUAUAAAGCCCAGCCUCUUUGUUGCCUGUGGUGAGAGGUUUUCAGUCUCAUUUGGUCUGUUUGAUUGGGCUGAUAAGAUGUCUGUCAGGCUCAGGUCAGACUGAGCAUUUGUUGUGCUGACAGUGUGAUGACUGAGACAUUGGUGUCAAUUAGGUGUUUGUGUAUUAGGCCCGGCAUAACUGCUAUUACUUGAGCAUGCCGGCUUCCUCCCACAAGUGUGCCAGCGUCACCUCCUUUAUAACUCUUUGCCUGUGUAUUUCCUCACUCGGCCUCACAGGAGCUAAAUUUAUGACCGGGUAGUUCCUCGUCCACUCAAUCCCCCAUCGCCGGCCGCUUCUACGGUGUUCACACCAGAAGUGACAGAAGCUCUUAGCCUCUCUUCACACAUCCUCACCCUCUGUCCUCUUCAGUGCCGUGCCCUCUCUCACUCUUAUUUCCCUCAUUCACCUUCGUCCUCCCCCAACCCUUCCUCUUUGUUGUGGCCUAAAGCUAUUUAAGAGUGCAGGAUGGAGCUGGUCUCAUGAGAGGGCCCAGGACAAAUAGUAGGAGUGUUUACUGUGGAGGCACUGAUAUGUCCUUUGGGGCUGUGCUGAGCAUGCAGCUGCAGGAAAAAGCACGGAUGAAGGCCUUUGUUUCGCCACCUUUCACCUGUCCGCAGGAAUCCUCCAGACAGGGGUGUGUAAAGCACUUGAGUGUUCUGACAAAGUACAGUUACUCAAGUAUUACUUGGGGAAAUCUGGACUUUACUCAGGGGCUGUUGAAAUAAUUAAAUCCGAUUUCUAAGAAAACAUAUUUCUAAAGAAUCCUGGAAAAAUAUGGGCUGUUGAAAUAAUUGUUACUCAAUCAGGUUUCUAAGAAAACACAUUUCAAAAGAAUCCUGGAACAAAAUGUUUCGCGGUUUCCACAAAAAUAUUAAUCAGCACAACUGUUUUGAAGACUAAUAAUAAUAAGAAAUGUUUCUUGAGCAGAAAAUCAACAUAUUGGAAUGAUUUUUGAAGGACACUGAAGACUGGAGAAAACUCUGAAAACUCAGCAUUGCCAUCACAGAAAUAAAUUAUAUUUUCAAAUAUAUCAAAACAGAAAACAGUUCUUUUAAAUUGUAAAAAAUAAUAUUUCACAAUAUUAUAUCUGCUUUUACUGUAUUUUUAUGCAAUGUUGUUGAGUGCAAGAAUCUUUCUCUGUAUACAGUAUAUAUGAUUUGUUUUGUUUUAUUUAAAAUCAUUUUCAAUGUGUUUUGUAAUUGGAUCAAAAUAUCUAUCAGUCAUGUAUUCGUAAAAAAUAUCUCCUCAGGUACCACAGCAUUUUUACUUGCUAUU